CGCUUGCAGAGAGAGCUUUAAAAGCAAAAACACAGCCACAGCAACAACAACAAAACUGUGUGUGUGGUGUUCCAAUAUGUCUAUAAAAAGUUAAUAAAUUUGUUAAAUAUUGCAGCAACCGAACCAACUAAAGUUAUAUUUUUGUAAACAAACGCAAAUAAAAAUGUGGCUGAAACUUAACGUGCGGCGCGUGUGUGUGUAAAUAUGUGAGUGUUUUUUUAAAUACAACAAAAAAAAACAAAACCAAAAGUUAAAUACUCGUAUUUAGUUGUUAACCAAUUAACUGAUACUACGAAACGAACUGCGCAGCAAAAUAUGCUAAGAAUCAAAGCACUCAAUUGACACUUACUGACGAGUAAAAACAGCAAUUAAUAUUAAAACAAUAACAACAACAACAACAACAAGGCGAAGAAAACGAGCAGCCAACAAUCAAAGCAUGCAUUAGACAGCCCCCAAAAAGCAGGAGGAGAACCUUGAGUGGAGCACAUUCUAUACCCUGUGUUUUUUGUUGGUUUGUUUUUUUUUUUUUUGGGUUUCCUGUCACCAUUCUGGACGAGAGCAGCAAGAACAGAAAAAAAGGCAAAUAUGAAUAUUGGCAUUGCACACAAAUGGGAUAAAUUAUCGCCGCGCGAGUUUUUGCAGCUACAGGAAUUGGCCUCAUAUUCGACGCGUAAGCUGCAGGAUGUGCUCCAGGAGUUUUGUGCGCCAAGUGCGACGGCCACGCCCAAAUGCAUACCAGAUGGGGACAUUGAUUUCGAUGGCUUUCGGCGGUUUUUGGACGCGUUUCUGGACUGCGAGACACCGCUGGACUUGGCCAAGCAUUUGUUCGUGUCGUUCCUUAAGCCAAAUGUCACCCAGGCACAGCUGCAUGGCAAGGCGCUCAAUCAAAUGGCGGCCAUUAGCAGCACCGCCGCCUGUGCCCCAGUCACGUCCCAUACGAAGGGCUCCAUACCGAACAUCAACAGCAUUGCCGAACUGAUGCCACAAUGCAGCAUUGUUGGCACUGGCGAUGCCCCAAAUCAGGCCCAGGCACGCACCAGCUUUGUGGACAAAAUCCAUGGCAUUACGGACAAGUUGCAGCACUCUUUGGCUCUCGGUGGCCAUUUGACACAUGAUCCCAGCAAGACAGGCAAUGUGCAUCCAAUGUUGACAGUGACGCCGAGUCCAUUGGCCAGUGGGCCGAGCAUGUUCCAGGCGAACAACGCCGCCCGUCGUUCGGUUGACUCGAGUCCAUCGCACUCGCAGACGAACCACUCGCAAAUGUCGCGCAAUUCCUCGAAGAAGAGCAACAAUUCCGUUAAUUGCAAAAUUGAUACUGACAUUAAGCUGCUGACACGUAAACUCUCACACUUUGAUCCUUUGACACUUAAGGUUCCGCUGAAGGAUGUCGUCUGCUAUUUAUCACUGCUCGAGGCCGGACGGCCAGAGGAUAAACUCGAAUUCAUGUUUCGCCUGUACGAUACGGAUAGCAAUGGCGUGCUCGACACCGCCGAAAUGGAUGCCAUUGUUAAUCAGAUGAUGGCCGUGGCCGAAUAUCUUGGCUGGGAUGUCAGCGAGUUGCGUCCGAUACUGCAAGAGAUGAUGGUUGAAAUUGACUAUGACGCCGAUGGCACCGUGUCCUUGGAGGAGUGGCAACGUGGCGGCAUGACAACCAUACCGCUCCUCGUCCUGCUAGGCGUCGACAGCACCACACUGAAGGAGGAUGGCAUCCACGUGUGGCGCUUAAAGCACUUUAGCAAACCGGCGUACUGCAAUCUCUGCCUAAAUAUGUUGGUCGGCCUUGGCAAGAAGGGUCUCUGCUGUGUCCUUUGCAAAUACACGGUGCACGAACGUUGCGUGCAACAUGCGCCUGCCUCAUGCAUAACAACCUACGUCAAGUCAAAGAAGCCCAAAUGUGGCGGCGAUCUGUUGCAUCAUUGGGUCGAGGGCAACUGCUACGGACGCUGCUCAAAGUGCCGCAAACGCAUCAAAGCAUACCAUGGCAUCACAGGACUCACUUGUCGCUGGUGCCACAUGAUGCUGCACAAUCGUUGCGCCUCGUCGGUGAAGAAGGAGUGCACACUGGGUGAAUUUGCUGAGCUAAUUGUGCCACCCACUGCGAUAUGCCCGGCUGUCUUGGAUCGCCAGCGUUCGGUUAAUCAGGCGCAUAAAAAAUCACAAAUGCAUCAUCAUCACCAGGCGACGCAUUUCCAAAUCACGCCGCCCGACGAGCUGAGCUGCCCAUUGCUGGUGUUUGUGAAUCCAAAGAGUGGCGGGCGACAAGGUGAUCGGAUCUUGCGUAAAUUUCAGUAUAUGCUCAAUCCCAGGCAGGUGUAUGAUUUAUCCAAGGGUGGACCUAAGGAAGGACUCACGCUCUUUAAGGAUAUGCCCAAUUUCAAAGUAAUCUGCUGCGGUGGCGACGGCACUGUUGGCUGGGUGCUCGAGGCAAUGGACUCCAUCGAGUUGGUCACCCAGCCUGCCAUUGGCGUCAUUCCGCUGGGAACUGGCAACGAUUUGGCACGUUGCCUGCGCUGGGGCGGCGGCUAUGAGGGCGAGAACAUACCCAAAUUAAUGGAAAAGAUAAAGCGUGCCUCUACCGUAAUGCUGGAUCGAUGGAGCAUCGAGGUGACCAACAAUCCGCCCGUUGAAGAACUGCGCCCCAAGGUGACUUUGCACUCGAACAUGCAGAAAGUGAUUGAGUUGUCACAGAGUGUUGUGGUCGACAAAUCGCUGAUUGAACGUUUCGAGGAAAUCCAGCGGCAAAGCUUCAGUGGCACUACCGACAACAUCGCAGCAGUAGGCACAGACACAGACACAGCUGCAACUGCCACAUCGAUUAUGAUGGCAACGGAAUAUACGCAGGAUAUGACAACGACAACAGCAACAGGGAUGGAAAUAGGAACGGGAACGGGUCACGAUGAGGUUGCUGCUGAGGUGGCUGUGGAAUCUGCCACGCGCACCACAACCACCAAAAGCAUUUCAAUGUCCACAUUCGAAACGCGACGCAUGCACAAAACAUUGACAGCCACGCUGAGCAGCAGCAGCAGCAACAGCAACACAAGCAGCUCAAGUGGCAGUGCCACAGGCAGCAUCAACACCAACCUGCCGCAACAAUGCCAGCAGCAACAGCAGCAGCAGGAAAUGGGGUCGCCUAUGGGCAAAGGUGUUCUAUUCCCGCUAACACGCACAGAUGUAACUGAAAAGCAAUCACUCGAGACGCUGCUCGUGCAACACAAGCAACAGCAACAAAAGCUGGCAGCGGAAGCAGAAGCUGCUGCUGCAGCAGCAGUUGCAGCAGCUACGACAACAAUGUCGGAUGAAGAGGCAGCUGAGAAUAAUCAGAGCGAUAAUAAUAGUCAGUGCAAUAAGCCGUACAACAUCGUUAAACAGCAAAUUAUAUUGUCUUUGGAUUUGUCGGACAAGUGCGAAACUUAUGGCAACAGCAACAGCAACGACAACAGCAACAGCAGCAGCAACAACAACAACAACAUUGAGCAGCAGCAUAGACAAGGCCAAGUCGCCAGCACACCACAAACACCGAAGACUCCCAUUACACCGCCAACGCCAACAGCAGCAACAGCUGCCACAGCAACAACACCCACAACAGCAACACCAACUGCAACAACAGCAACCAGCAGUAGCAACAUUCCACAGAAGCCCAUCAAAGUGCAAUCGGACAAGGACUGCACCGUGCCCUAUAACAUUAUCAACAAUUAUUUCUCCGUCGGCGUGGAUGCUGCAAUUUGUGUAAAGUUUCAUUUGGAACGCGAAAAGAAUCCGCAUAAAUUCAACAGCCGCAUGAAGAACAAGCUGUGGUACUUUGAAUACGCCACCUCUGAAACCUUUGCCGCAUCCUGCAAGAAUCUGCAUGAGAAUAUUGAGAUUGUGUGCGAUGGCGUUGCCUUGGACCUGGCCAAUGGGCCGCAUCUGCAGGGCGUGGCACUACUCAAUAUACCCUAUACUCACGGCGGCUCCAAUUUGUGGGGCGAGCACUUGUCCCAGAAGCGCAUACGCAAGAGUGCCGGGCCAUUUGGCAAGAGCAAAAAACUCAAGUCCAGCGACAAAGAAUUCUCAGCCACCAGCUUUAAUUCCGUGGAUCUUUCAGUGGCCAUACAGGACUUUGGCGAUCGUCUUAUCGAAGUGAUUGGCCUCGAGAACUGUCUGCACAUGGGACAAGUGCGCACAGGAUUGCGUGCUUCCGGCAGACGCUUGGCUCAAUGCAGUGAAGUAAUCAUUAAAACCAAGAAGACAUUUCCCAUGCAAAUCGAUGGCGAGCCCUGGAUGCAAAUGCCCUGCACUAUCAAAGUAACGCACAAGAAUCAAGUUCCUAUGCUGAUGGCGCCGCGCUCAGAGAAAGGACGGGGAUUUUUCAAUAUGCUGUGCAGCUGAUUCAGGCGCAGCGCAUCGAGCGACUUCAUCGGCCACAGACGACAGGCCGCUGAAUCCGCCGAUGAGCUGGAUGAUGAAUUUCGCAAGGUCACCAGAAGCACCACCGUCCACAAUUUACCUUAGUGCAUUGCACCGUGAUUAUUAUUUAUCCCAACUCCAACUUCCACUCCCAAAAUCAACCUGUUAAUAUAUAUUUAAAUGAUUAGUGUGUGAGUUGCAGAGCUUUACAAUGUUAAGUCAUAAAAAAGAAAAAACGAAAAAUUAAAAACUAAUGCUUUACGGUGCGAUUAUGAGUGCUUCAAGUACGAGUGCCAACUGUACUCCGAGUAGAACUGCAACGAAUACUUCGAGUACGACUUUAACAGGUACUUCGAGUAUUAUGAGCAGGUCUACACCGAGUAUAAUUUCAACGGCCACAUCGAGUGCGAUGUUUCAACAAUUAAUCCGUGGUACUAAGUCGCUAGCAUUCCAGGCAUUUCCCCAAAUAGGAUAAGUGAAUAAUUGAAUUGAAAUCUCAGAGUUAUGUGCGCAUCAGUGUUAACCAAGUGAAAGCUUUAGAUGUACUGCAGUACACACGUAUUUGUUAUUUAUGUAUAUUAGAUACCGUAAGAAGACAACAACAAACAACAUACACACACACACACAUACACUUAAACAAAACUUGUCCAAUAAUGCAACUAAAAUGAGACCAAACAUUGUAGUGCGAUUUUUAAAAAUAGUGCACAAUUUGUACACACAGAUAAAUAAAUAAAUAUACAACUAUAUAUACAUACAUUAAAGAAGAAAACAAAAACAAAAACAAACAUACAUAUUUACAAUUAAAUCCGUCGUAAUUAGUGCGUGCUGUGCACUUUCUUCCGUUAAUUAUCGUUUUAUCAGAAAUUCAAUUUGCUUUUGAUUAAAGUUCCUACUUAAUGAAACAACAUAUCAUUGGCUUCAUUUCAUUUCGGCUUAAAUCUCGGAACACACAAAAAAACAACAGGAAUAUAAAAUGAAUAAAAAAAAUUAUAUUUUAUAUGCACAGCACAGCGACUAACUAUAUUACAUGUAAUUCAAAAUAUAUAUAUAUAUAUUGAACGUUAUAUACGUGUUAUUUAUUUAUUAUAUGUACAUACAUAUAUUGUAUAUAGAACAAUGUAACUUGAUAUACACAAUAUCAAUGAAAUGGUGCAGCUUUAAAUGAAUUUUGAUAAAAUGAAUACAUAUAAUGAAUUACAAAAGAAGAACAAACUACGAGUUUAUAAUAAGAAAUGUAUAUUUGAUAUAGUCAUAUAUGUAUAUGUAUAAAAUGUAUGAAAUUGCCAAAGCAAAUACUCGAAAAUAUUAUUAACAAAGAACAGAAACCAAAAGUACACACAACUCGAGAUAUGAAUCGAAAUAAAUUUGUUAAAAGAUCUUACAAAUAGUAGUUUGUAAAUAGUUAAAAAAAAUCUAAAAAACUUGAAUUAUUUAAUCAUAGAGGUGCAUUAGUCGUUUUUAGAACAAUAGAUCGGUAAUUAAUCUAGAUUAGAUAUAAUUUAACUGAUAUUAUCAAAGCAUUCCUUGCAAAUGUAAACACAUAUAAGUAUCCUCGAUUUAGAUACAUCUAUGGAAAGUAUAUGCAUAUACUCUUAAUAUAAUAGUUAUCCAAAUGAAAGUAUAGUUAAUUCUACAAUAAAGAAAUACUCAUUUUUAUCAUAAUAUAUUAACGGUUCCUCUUUUUCAAAUUUAUUUUGUAAUAUUUGUAGAGCUGAAGUACAGAAAAAUGCAUUUUUAAACCUUAUGUUUCCCAAUUCACAAACAAAAAUAUUAUAAUAUGUAUUCCACUCUAAAUGUAUGUGUAAAGAAGUGUACCACAUAAAUACACAUAUAAAAUAUAUACAUAUUUAUUUCGACUACCAAAGCAAAGCAAAUAUAUACACUGAAGAAGAUGUGUAAAUAAAUUAAUUUAAUUUACGCAAAGAACAUUUUUCAAUGCAACUCCUCACGCCCACAAGCAAGGAUCAUCCUUAUUGUGACUUGGCGUCAGGAUGCAAAUGCCACACAGUAGCCAGUUAACAUUAAUUAUAAAUGAGAUGAACUUAACUCUUAGGAACAAAAUACGCAAAUGCAAAACUGCAUAACUUGACAAGGUAAAGUUAAUUAGGAACUAACAUUAAAUGCAGGCACUACACAAAAUGUAGAAUGCAUUGUAAUUAGUUGUCACUAAGCGAAUUAAACUACAGACUAAAGUGUAUUUAUUUACAAGCAUAGAGAACAAAACAGCAAACAACAAACAGCAAAACAAACAAAAAAGCUUACAACAACUUCAAUUUAGUGAGUAGAAUCCGCAUAGAAUUAGGGAAAUACUAUAAAUAUAUCAGGAUUAGCCUAAUGAAAAUAAAUUAUUAACUCAAUAACCAAAGCAACGCAUACUUAACGAGUGAACAUAUAAUUGUAUAUAAAUUACUGUAAUCUUUACCACAUUCAGCAUACACACUGAGUGCUUAAAUAAAUAUAAAUUAAUGGAAGUAUCAUUGUUAUAUUGCUAACUAUCGAAGCAAGUUCAUAUAUGUGCCAUUAAAUGUAGCUUCAAGUGUUAAAAUAUAUAAAUAUACAUAUAUAAUUAUGUAUUCCUAAGUUAAGUACUCCAAUUCAGUUUGAAACUUGCCUCCGCUUAUUAAUGAUGAUAUAUUAAACAUUAUUACACAUAC